UUUGAUGAAAAGAAAAUUCUUGUGAAACACCAGGAAAAGAUUGCUGGCGAAUUUUUGGACAAGUUGGUAAAGUGGACAAAGAACAUUAAGAUUUCAGAUCCUUUUGAAGAAGGCUGUAGGCUUGGUCCUGUUGUCAGCAAAGGACAGUACGAGAGAGUAGUGAAGUUUGUCUCAAACGCUAGGAAGGAAGGUGCAACUGUCCUCUGCGGAGGAGCUCGUCCUGGGCAUUUUAAAAAGGGUUAUUUUGUUGAACCUGCUAUAAUUUCAAAUGUGACUACUUCAAUGGAAAUCUGGAGAGAUGAAGUAUUUGGUCCUGUUCUCUGUGUCAAAACAUUCUCCACUGAGGAUGAGGCAAUACAGCUGGCAAAUGACUCCCAAUAUGGAUUAGCAGGCGCUGUAUUAUCAAAUGAUCUGGAGAGGUGUGAUCGCGUUAGUAAG